GUGGCCUGGCAGGUGUGGCCGCCUAGCAACUCCAGGUCGGCCGCAGCCGAGGGGCGGGUGAGAGGGAAGUGGGCGGGGGCGCGGGCUCAGUCGCUGGAGUGGCCAGCGGCCGCGGGGCGCAGGCCUGGUGGAAGCCCCCGCGGGCCGGGCCGGGAUGAACUAUGGCAUCGGUCAAGGUGGCCGUGAGAGUCCGGCCCAUGAAUCGCAGGGAAAAGGACCUGGAGGCCAAGUUCAUCAUUCAAAUGGAAAAAAGCAAAACGACAAUCACAAACUUAAAGAUACCAGAAGGAGGAACUGGGGAUUCAGGCAGAGAACGGACCAAGACCUUCACCUAUGACUUCUCUUUUUAUUCUGCUGACACAAAGAGUCCAGAUUAUGUUUCACAAGAAAUGGUUUUUAAAACUCUGGGUACAGAUGUUGUGAAAUCUGCAUUUGAAGGUUAUAAUGCUUGUGUCUUUGCAUAUGGGCAAACUGGAUCCGGAAAGUCCUACACUAUGAUGGGAAAUUCUGGCGAUUCUGGCUUAAUACCUCGGAUCUGUGAAGCUCUCUUCAGUCGGAUCAAUGAAACCACUAGAUGGGAUGAAGCCUCUUUCAGGACAGAAGUCAGCUACUUAGAAAUUUAUAAUGAACGUGUGAGAGACCUACUUAGGCGGAAGUCAUCUAAGACCUUCAAUUUAAGAGUUCGUGAGCAUCCUAAAGAAGGACCAUAUGUUGAGGAUUUAUCCAAGCAUUUAGUCCAGAACUACAGUGACGUGGAAGAACUUAUGGAUGCAGGAAAUAUCAAUCGCACCACUGCAGCAACGGGGAUGAAUGAUGUCAGUAGCAGGUCUCACGCCAUCUUUACCAUCAAGUUCACUCAGGCAAAAUUCGACGCUGAAAUGCCAUGUGAAACUGUGAGCAAGAUCCACCUCGUCGAUCUUGCUGGAAGUGAGCGGGCAGAUGCCACUGGUGCCACUGGGGUCAGACUCAAGGAAGGGGGCAAUAUAAACAAGUCCCUCGUGACUCUGGGAAAUGUCAUUUCUGCCUUAGCUGAUUUAUCUCAGGAUGCAGCCAACCCUCUUGUGAAGAAGAAGCAAGUUUUUGUGCCUUACAGGGAUUCAGUUUUGACUUGGCUGUUGAAAGACAGCCUUGGAGGAAACUCUAAAACCAUCAUGAUUGCCACUAUCUCACCUGCUGAUGUCAAUUAUGGAGAAACCCUAAGUACCCUUCGCUAUGCAAAUAGAGCCAAGAACAUCAUCAACAAGCCUACCAUUAAUGAGGAUGCCAACGUCAAACUCAUCCGUGAGCUGCGCGCUGAAAUAGCCAGGCUGAAAACCCUGCUCGCUCAAGGGAAUCAGAUUGCCCUCUUGGACUCCCCUACAGCUUUAAGUAUGGAGGAAAAACUUCACCAGAAUGAAGCAAGAGUCCAAGAAUUGACCAAGGAAUGGACAAACAAGUGGAAUGAAACCCAGAAUAUUUUGAAGGAGCAAACCCUAGCCCUCAGGAAAGAGGGCAUUGGUGUGGUUCUGGACUCUGAGCUGCCGCACCUGAUUGGCAUUGAUGAUGACCUUCUGAGUACCGGAAUCAUCUUGUAUCACUUGAAGGAAGGUCAGACUUACGUUGGCAGAGAAGAUGCUUCAACAGAGCAAGAUAUUGUCCUUCAUGGCCUUGACUUGGAAAGUGAGCAUUGUGUCUUUGAGAAUGCUGGGGGAACAGUGACUCUGAUACCUCUGAGUGGGUCCCAGUGCUCUGUGAAUGGUGUUCAGAUUAUGGAUGCCACACAGCUGAAUCAAGGUGCUGUGAUACUCUUGGGAAGAACCAACAUGUUCCGAUUUAACCAUCCGAAGGAAGCUGCCAAGCUUAGGGAGAAGAGGAAGAGUGGCCUGCUGUCCUCCUUCAGCUUGUCUAUGACCGACCUCUCAAAGUCCUGUGAGAACCUGUCUGCAGUCAUGUUGUAUAACCCCGGGAAACUCAUCGAAGAGAUGGAGGAAAAGCAGAAGUCGGACAAGGCAGAGCUGGAGAGAAUGCAGCAGGAGGUGGAAACGAGGCGCAAGGAAACCGAGAUCGUGCAGCGGCAGAUCCGCAAGCAGGAGGAAAGCCUCAAACGCCGUAGCUUCCACAUUGAAAACAAGCUCAAGGACCUGCUGGCUGAGAAGGAAAGGUUUGAGGAAGAGAGGCUUCGGGGGCAGCAGGGACUUGAGCAGCAGAGGAGGCAGGAGGAAGAGAGCUUCUUUCGCAUCAGAGAAGAGCUGCGCAGGCUCCAAGAACUCAGCAGCCAUGAGCAAGCUGAGAAGAUCCAGAUAUUCCAGAAGCUGGACCAGCUGCACAGAGCGCAGGAUGCCCAGAGCUCCAAGCUGCGGCUGGAGGAGCAGGAGAAGGGGCCGGUCCUGCGGGUCGCACACCUGGAGGAGCAGCUGAGGAAGAGGCAGGAUACUGUCCCACUGCUGUGUCCUGGCGAGGCUCAGCGGGCCCAAGAGGAACAGAGGGAACUGGAAGGCAUCCGGGAAGCCCUUUUGCAGGCCAAAGAGAUCAGAGCAGGAGGGGACCACAGCUGCAGGGAUGAACUGGAAAGGGUUCAGCAGUACUUCUUAGAGUUCAAGAGAAGGCAGCUCGUCAAGCUAGCAACCCUAGAGAAGGACCUGGUUCAACACAAAGACCUCCUAAGCAAGGAAGUCCAAGAAGAGAAAGACGCCCUGGAGAAUGUAAAACGUGAAGCAGGAGCGGCCCCGGGCUUGUCGGCCACAGAGAAUGGCAACUUUCUCUGCAGGCCUCAGGAUCUAGACAACAUAAAGACCGCAGAGUCCAGGCUACAGGGCAAAGAGCACCAGCUACAGGACCUUCUGCAAAAUCACUUGCCAGCUCUGCUGCAAGAAAAGCAGAGGGUUCUUGACAUCCUUGACAGUGGUGUCCUAGGCCUAGACCACACUCUCUACCAAGUAGAGAAAGAACUGGAAGAAAAAGAAGAGCAGAUCACUCGGUACCAGGCUAACGCUAACCAGUUGCAACAGGCUAACGAGGCCAGACAGGAAGAGAAGGGGAGAAGAAAGGAAAAGGAAAUACUGGAGUCCCAGGAGAAGCAGCAAAGAGAGGCAUUGGAGCAAGCUGUGGCAGAGCUAGAGCAGAGGCACCCUGCCCUGCAGAGGCGCUCCACUCUGGACCUGGAGAUCCAGGAGCAGAGUCAGAAACUCCGCGCUCUCCACACCAGAGAGUGGUCAGGUCUGCCGGCCAGUGUGGAGGCCGAUGGAGAAGCACUUGAGAUGGACUCUGCAAGGUUAGAACAUGAAAUCCGUCAGCUGAAGCAGAUCUGUGAAGUAGAUGGUGUUCAGAGACCUCAUCAUGGGACCUUAGAGGGGAAGGCUGUUCUCUGCAGCUUGCCAUCCAGUGGUGAAAACUCUCACCUGGCUCCUCUGAUGGAUGCCAGGAUCAGUGCAUACAUUGAGGAAGAAGUCCAGAGACGUCUUCAUGAUUUGCACAGGGCAAUUGGUGGCACCAGCCAUGCACCUGCUGAUGUGAUGAAGAGUAAUGAGGAACUUCACAAUGGUGCCACUCAACGUAAGCUGAAGUAUGAGAAAGGACAGCCUUGGUGUGCACGGUGUGCUGUCCCACUUCUGCCUAAAGAUGCCGCUGACUCUCCCAGUGUCCUUAGAGAAGACAGUGAGGUGUGUCUGAGCAGCCAGUGGAGCCAUCCCGUGUCACAGAACACUUCACUCUCCACAGCAUUCUCCGUGGCCUCCCAAGAGAAAAUGGUUCUGUCCUCAGGAACUGCAUUACUGAAGAGUAUUGGUGACAAAUUUUGUUACCCUGAGAAUUCUGGCCACCUUGAACCAAACUGUGCUUGUCUUCUUGAAAUUACUUCCCUUAAUGAAAGGAACUCUAGAGAUGCACAGAAUUCUCAGGGUGAGUCAGAAAAUGGCAGUGGGUUGAUGACUCGUGAAGAGAAAGGAAGCUGGGGAAUGGAGUCCAGCUGGACACUGUUGCAGCAUGUGUCCCAGCCAGCGCCAGUGAGCAGAGGGGGCCAGGGAGCUCUGCAAGGCAGGGCGCCGGGCUGUGUUCUCUGCGAAAGCAUUUCUCAAAGGGAACAUCCCACUGGCAGCUCUCCUCAGAGCAAAUCACCUCCCACAUUGAGUUGUGAGCAACAAAAUGAGAAAGACUCUGAUGCUAAAAACACUAGUGUUCUAACUCCCCUAGUCAAUAUCAGGACAGAAGCAAAGAAGAGACUGGGAUAUUUUUACCACAAAUUCUCAGAGCUGUAUAAAGACAGCAGUAGCCACCUGAUAGAGGCUGGGGCAAAAGUAAUGAGCCAAGCCAAGCAUGUUGGGAGUAUGUGUGACCCAGGUGAGCUAUCCUCCCAUGUGACAACCUUCAUCAGAGGCCUGCCGUUAUUGGAGCAGUUACCCCAGCACCUGCCCUUGAGGUCACUCGUGGUGCCACCAGGUCCUCCUCCUCUUCCUGAAACUCAGAUUGGCGGCUUCACCAGUGAAGAUGGAGAAAGCGCAAGGUCAGCCAAGAGCACAGGAGCUCACAGGAACUUGGCCUUCACAUCCACAGACUCACCAAAUUCCUUGACAAAUUCAGUUUUCUGUCUUGACUAUGAAGAUGCUGGGAAGAUCAUUGCAUUUAAGCAGACCCUUGUAUCUUUCCCAGAACAAAUGUUGAGGCUUCAAGAGUACCCUCUCACAGACCUCCUUGAGCACAUGACUUGUUCUUUGCCAGAGCCUGUGGGCAUAGCGAAGGCUGUGAAAGGCAUUUACUGGCUUGCAGUUGCUAACUGCUCCCAGCCUGAGCCCCAGGCUGCUUGCUUGCUCCUGCUGCCCUCAGCUCUGUAUGCUCUGGUGCUGGGAGACAACUGCCCAGGCGCCGUGAGCAUCUUCCAUGCUCUCCCCCUCACUGCACUGCAGGAGAUUCAGGUCGGCUUUGCUGGGCAGAACAUUCGGUUCCUGGGCUCCACACAGGACCACUUGCUUACUGUGCUCACUUACAACAAGAGCCUCACUCAGCAGCUCUGCCAGGACCUCCUGGCUGUGCUAAUGGCUGGGUCUGAAACUGCUGCCUACACAAAUCACCCUUUGCUCCAUCAGGAUCUGGUUCAGCUUUCUCUUGAUUUAAAGGCAGACAUUCCUGUUUUAGUUUUGGCAAAUGGAGUUCAGUUGUCUUCCAAUUUCCAGACAACCUUGGUAGACAUGGUCUACUUUCUUCAUGGAAAUAUGGAGGACAGUGUCCCUUCUCUGGCAGAAGUUCAGUUACUGCUCUAUACCACAGUCAGACUGGAGAGGGAGGCCGGUUGUGCCCCCUGCCCAUCGUUCGUCCUUCUAAACACCCACAUGGCACUCCUGAGGGAGGAUCACGUGUUUUACCCUCACACUGGCUCUCUAAACACACUUCCUCCACAUGGGCGUUUUGAUGUGAUCAAAUGCCACGCUCUGAGUGAAUUCAGAUGUGUCAUCGUUCCAGACAAGGACAAAGUGUCAAAGGUAGAGCUUGUCUUCCUAAGGAAACAUGGGCUUCCCUUGAACAGAGGACGCGGUCCAUCUGAGCAGACUGGAGCUGCCUCAAGCACCCAGAUGGUCAUACCAUUGUGUCUUGAGAAUGAACAGGAUCAGGCACUUGACAUCUGGAAACUCACUUUCAAUUCUCAGGAUGAGGCUCUUUGGCUAAUCUCAUACUUAACAAGACUCUAGGAAGGAGAUUUCUGGAGAUAUGGGGCAGUUUCUUUUAGACCUUCAAUAAAAUGAACAUUAUUAAAAGCAGUCAAGAAAAUUUGAAUGUCUCAGUGUACUUAAUUGAAUGGGAAAAAGCAGGACUCUGAAAUUGAAAGUGUAAAUAUUUUGAAUAAAGCAAAGUGAAAAUAGCUGAUAGCAGAGAACUAGAAAAAUAUCUUUAUUUCCACCUGUUUCAUUGUCUCGAAACUUAAAAUUGUAAACUUGGAUCAACCCAAUUACCAGUACAGUGAUUAAAGCAUUCUGACGGCUUGGCUUAGUUGUCUGUUUAUGGUGUGGUGGCUUGGGCUCAGGUGGUGCCUGCUGGCAUGCAGCGGACUAAUUUGUGCUAUCUGGAGAACUGCCCAGUGUGGCAGUGACCUUCGUCAACACCCUCCAUGUCGCACAGCGGUGUGCUAGAGU